AUGCCGUACGACAUAGCAGUAAACAUAACUGAUCCACAGUACAUGGGAAUAUACAACAGCAGAAAGAAGCAUAUAUGUGAUAUUCCUGGGGUAAUUAAUAGGGCUAAAUUGCAUGGUGUGAAAAUGGUAUUUCUGGGGAUUUCUUUAAAGAGCUCUUUUGAGUCCAUUGCAUUAGCAAAUGAGUACAAAGAAUAUUGCACAAUUGGCAUACACCCAGGGAGCACUGAAACAUCCAGUAAGGAAGAUGUAAAUGGUCUUAUUAAGGUUCUAGACAGUGGAAAUAUAAAGGAUAAAAGGUCUUUUUUACAUGAAGAUAUUUCUGGUUUGGUUGUAGAUGCAUCUCUCUCCCAUUUGGACUGCAUAAUUGGCAUAGGUGAAAUAGGCUUAGAUUACUGCAGGGACUACUCCCCAAAGGAAAAACAGAAAGAGAUAUUUAAGGAAAUUCUGGAUAAAACGCACAGAUACAACAUGCCGUAUAUAUUCCAUUACAGAGACUGCGAAGAAGAUUUCCAUGAAAUUAUAGACCAGUAUAAAGUGGCAGGCGUAAUACACUCAUAUACAGGCAGUUUGAAGGAAAUGGAAAAACUAGUCAGUAAGGGAUACUAUAUAGGAAUAAAUGGGGCUUCAAUUAGGGAGAAUGUGCAUACUUCUGUGAUAGAAAAUAUACCCCUAGAUAAACUGCUUCUAGAGACAGAUGCACCUUGGUGCACAGUGCGCCCCACGUGCACAUAUCACAAGCACACGCACGAAUAUCUUAAACCCAGCAAGAAGUGGGUUGAAGAUCACCCUGUGAAAGGAAGGAAUGAGCCAGUGAAUCUGCACCAAGUGAUUGACAUUGUGGCAGCUAUAAAAAACAUUGAAAGAUCACGUCUAGUAGAAAUAAUUGACAGAAACUUCAAAACACUAUUUCAUUUGCAAUAG